AUGGCUUCACUAGCUAAUGUGCAGCUCGAAAUUAACAUCGAUCAAGUAAAGACAAGAGCAGUUGAACAGCUAAUUGAACCCCUAAUACAACAGGUUACAAGCUUGACUAAUUCAAAUAUGAUGCAUCCGUUGAAGCGUAGUGGGAAAAGCGGUUCUGUGUUAGUAGCAGCUGUCGAGCGAACUAUUCGAAAUUUUGUAGAAAUCGGGCGCUCAGCAGUGGCAGAGUGCCCACUUGCUACAGGAAAGUCUCUUGAGCAGUUGAAAGAAGCUUUGCGAAAUGUAGAACAUGCUGGUGUGGAAAUGAUCAAUGUAGGUCAUGAUUUUGUGGAAGAAACAAGUAGUACAGAUCGACGUUCACGUGCGGUACGAGCAGCCCGAAAUUUAUUAAAUGUAGUAGCACGUAUGCUCAUUAUAUCUGAUAUGGUGGAUGUAAAUAUUAUACUUCUUCAAACAUCUAAAGCUCAGAAUAUUCUGGAUCGCUUAAUCACAGCGGAAUCAAAGCAGGAAAUGGCAGAGUUAUUUGAAUCACUGAAUGCGUGUUUAGAGCAAGUAGAUGAGAGUGUCAGGCGACGUAUAUUGGAUCUGAGAAAUCCAGCGGAACAAGAUGAUUUGCAGGCAGCGCGAGCAUGGUUAAUGAUGAAUAGUGUCAUUUUGUUCACUUCCUCUACGGCCUAUAUGCGCCAUCCAGAAGUAGACCAGGUGCGCUUAAAUCGAGAUUUUGCUCAUACUCAAAUGUCGUUAGCUUUUCAAGCUAUAAGAGAUAUUUUACAAGAUCGUGCCACAGAUUGGGAUAUCAGUCUUUCACGUUAUGGACGUAUUAGUGAUCUCAUGCUAGAACUUGACAACUUUCAUGUUCGUGCGUACAUGGAGCCAAACUCAUACAGAGAUCAUUUGCACCGUCCACAGCUCGAAGGUCUUUUAGAAAAAAUUGUAAGCGGUGCAGCCAGUAUUGCUGAUUCAGAUAACACAAGAGACGAAAGGAGAAGAAAAAUAGUUGAUGAAUGCAAUAAUUUGCGACAAGCACUGCAAGAUUUACUUACCGAAUAUGAGAGAAAUUGUGGAGGUUCUGAACCUUCGGAAGACUUGGAUUUGGCGAUGGUGCAUUUAGGACACAAAGCCAAAGAUUUAAAACGACACUUGCGACGUGCUGUUGUGGAUCAUGUCUGCGAUGCUUUUCUUGAUACUAAUACUCCCUUGAUGAUGCUAAUCGAAAGUGCAGAAAAACAUGAUGAAGCUGCUGCUGUAGCGAAUGGGAAAAUGUUUCAGCAACAUACCAAUAAACUUAUCCAGGCAGCGGAAAUGGUAUGUGUCAUGAGUUCUAAUGAAGAUGGUAUUCGUGUGGUUCAAUAUGCUAUGGCGGUAAUUGAUAAGCUUGCAUCUCAGGUAAUUAAUGCCGCUUAUUUGUUGUAUAUGAGAGAUAGUCAGGUGGCUAAGGAUAAUAUGGAAGCGUUCAAAAAUGUGUGGAUCGAAAAGAUAAAACUACUAACGAUUGCUGUUGAUUCAUUAAUAAUGGUGGAUGACUUUCUGGCAGUUAGCGAAGCACAUAUUAUUGAAGAUGUUAAGAGUGGCAUUCAGGCAGUGCUAAAUGGUGAUGGAUAUUUACUGGAUCGUUCAGCUGGUGGUAUACGUGGUCGAUCUUUGCGAGUUUGUAAUGUAGUUGAUGCGGAAAUGGAUAUGGUUGUGGCAAGUUCAUAUAGAGAUCGCGUUCGAAUGGCAACAAAGCAACUUAGAGAUGAUGUCAUCGAUCAGUUUGCUGAUCGAGCUGAAAAAUUGGUAAACAAAUUGGAGAGAGAAGCAUUAGAGAAGAAAAAAGACGAAGAUAGAAGUUAUGCGUCUGAUGUGGAUGAGUUUAUUGAGGCUAGUGAAUUGGUUCACAAUGCAGUUAAAGAAAUACGCAAUGCUUUAUUAAUGAAUCGCAAUCCUGAAGAUGUUGAUUCAGACAAUGAAUAUGAAGAAGAUGCUGAAAUGAACUACCCAGAUUCCAAGAAUCAAGUAGUUGAUAUGGAAAAUGAGCAGAAAAUCAUGCGACAAUUACCUGAAGAGGAGAAACGGAAAAUUCAAGAACAAAUCGAUGUCUUUAAGAUAACCCAAAAUAAGUUCGAAAGGGAAGUCGCAAAAUGGGAUGAAACUGGAAAUGACAUAAUUGUACUUGCAAAACAUAUGUGCAUGAUUAUGAUGAAUAUGACAGAUUUCACUAGGGGACGUGGAUCUUUAAAAACGACUAUGGAUGUCAUUAAAGCUGCUCAAGAAAUCUCUGAUGCAGGAGCAAAGUUAAAUUCAUUAGCAAAACAAAUUGGUGAUGAGAGCGUAGAAAGUGAGACGAAGAAAGAUCUUUUUGCCUACUUACAGAGAAUCACUUUGUACUGUCAGCAAUUAAAUAUAACGAGCAGAGUUAAGGCAGAUGUUCAGCAAGUUGGCAAUGAGUUAGUGGUUAGUGGACUUGAAUCUGCAAUGUCUCUGAUCCAAACUGCCAGAAAUCUAUUGAAUGCUGUAGUACUGACGGUCAAGGCCGCUUACAUUGCGAGCACAAAGUAUCGGCGGAAAAAUACUGCUGCACCGUCAUUAGUUGAAUGGAGAAUGGCGCCGCCGCAAAAACAACCACUUGUACGAGCUCAUAACAAACCUCAAGGAAUCGUACGUAGAGCAUCGGAAAAACGUCCGAUGCCACCAAUGAAAGCUUUGGCACAGUUCCGAUCCACCAACUUUCAUAGCUGA